UAUUGACCUGCCCAAUUGAUGAUGCUGGAAUUGAGUAACUGUUGUCACUUGACAGGUUCACACAACUCUAAGGUGCAGCUGUGGAAGUGUGGCCAGGGGUUCCGUCACCUGGAGCCUCUCUUCACCAUCCCUGUGCCUGGUUUUGUCAACAGUCUGAAGUUCUCCAGCUCUGGGAAGUUCCUAGUGGCAGGAGUAGGACAGGAGCACAGGCUUGGUCGGUGGUGGAGACUGAAGGAAGCAAAGAACGGACUCUACAUUAUUCCUCUGAAAAGACAACAGCCAGAGCAGGAAGGGGUCCAGAAUGGAGAAGAGAAUGGGGUUUAGUUGAUCUAUGUAUGCCUU